AUGGCGCUGCGUGUGGACGCGACGUACGCUGCAAACCCUGCCGUGACGCGUGGCUCGUCCACGAAGCUCAGUGCGAGUCCUGAUGGAAAGAAAGUCGUGUACUGCCAAGGGCGUACCGUAUUCCUCCGCGAUCUCGAAAACCCCCAGUCGACGUUGGUCUAUGCCCAGCACGCCCACCCUGUGACGGUCGCGCGCAUUGCGCCCAGCGGCUUUUAUGCGGCGAGCGGCGACACGUCCGGCUUGGUGCGAGUGUGGGAUCUCGCGAGCGGCGAGCUGAUGCUCAAGCUGCAGACGCAGGCGCUGUCCGGCAAGAUUACCGAUCUUCAGUGGGACGGCGAGAGCAAGCGCAUCAUUGCGGUCGGCGACGGCCGCGAGCGAUUCGGGCACGCGUUCCUCUUUGACUCGGGCUCGAGCGUCGGCGAGAUUUCGGGACACAGCAAGCCGAUCAACGCUGUGGCGAUCCGCCGCCAGCGCCCGUUUCGUGCGGUGACGGCAGGCGACGAUACGCACGUCGUGUUCUACACCGGCGUCCCGUUCAAGUACAGCAAGACACUGAGCGGCCACACGCGCUUUGUGCAGGACGUUGCCUACGCCGCGGACGGCUCGACGUUUGCCUCGUGUGGCUCCGACGGCCAGGUGCUGGUCUAUGACGGCCAGAGCGGCGACCAGCAGCAGGCGCUCGGCGAGCAGCAGGCGCACAACGGCACCGUGUACGGCGUGAGCUACGCGCCGGACAGCAAGCACCUCGCGACGGCCGGCGCGGAUGGCCUCGUCAAAGUGUGGCGCGUCGAGAACGGGGAGUGCGUAGCGACGUGGGACGCGACCGAGCGGGCUGCGUCCAAGGUCGACGCGCAGCUCGUCGGCCUCGUCUGGGCACAGCCCCAAGUGCUUAUCGCUGUCGGUCUCGGCGGUGCGCUGUACGUCUUGGACUUUGCGCUGAGCAGCGCGUCACUCGAGGCUCGCGUGCUCUUUGCGCCGACCAAAGGCAUAUCGUCGCUGGCGUACGCUCCGCUGCGCCACUCGCUUGUCGCCGGCUCGUACGACGGACGUGUGUACGAAUACACGUCGGGCAACGUCUCUGCUGAGCCCCUCGCGAGCGGCGCGCCGAGCAUUGUCGGCGUGGCUGCACGCGAGGCCGAGAUCGACUACGUAUCGCUGGACGAUGCGCUGCGCCGCAUCCAGGACACGGUCAGCGCACCGAUCUCGCUCACCGCGCAGCCGCGCAGCCUCGCGGUGACGCCGAUGGCGGCGCUCGUCGCGAGCGAGCAAGGCAUCGACGUUGUGACCGACGCGGUGGACCACCACAGCGCCGCGUCGCUUCAAGUCGGCAACGUGACCGCGGUCGGUGCGCAGGUCGACAACGGCAAAAUGGUCGCUGUCGGCACGGAGGACGCCAAGGUGCACCUCUUUUCCGACUGGAAGCCGGUCGCGACCCUCGAGAACGGCCGCAGCACCAUCACUGCGCUCGCCUUUUCGCCAGAUGGCACGCUGCUUGCCGCGGGCGAGUCGUCCGGCAAGGUGCUCGUGUACGAUGUCAAAGCACAAUCGCUCAAACUCUCGCACUGGGUCUUUCACUCGGGCCGCAUUGCGGCGCUCGCGUGGAACGUUGAAGGAACGCACUGUGCGAGUGCGUCGCUCGACACGCACGUCUUUGUGUGGUCGGUGGAGCGGCCUAUGAAACAUGCUGUCUACAAGAACGCGCACGCCGGUGGUGCGGCCGGCGUCGCCUGGACGGACAACGGGCUGGCGUCGGCCGGCGCCGACGGCGUCGUGCGUACGUGGCAUGUGGACCUCCCGUAG